ACCAGAGCCCCACGUGGGACGAAGGCCAGUGUCCCGACUGAUCGGCUUACAUCCACCCCAGCGGUUAGAACAGUGCCUGGCACAUAGUAAGCGCUUAACCACAAAAAGAAAAGAGCGUCGGGUCCAGCGCCGGCGACUCCGUCUAUGAGAGAUCUGUGGCUGCCGAGGAGGCGACGGCUGGAGUACGGAAGGACCAACCGUGGAGAGGGAAAUCCUGCUUCAGGACCUCCGUGAGUAGACUUCGAAGACUUUACACCCCAACCCCGUGAGAACAGUACUGGGUAAUGAUCUGCCGGUGCCUUCCGUUGCCCGAUAAACAGCCUGCUGGUCCUCUCGCUCCGAUGCAGUCGGCAUCUCCGGCGGCCUCUCCCUCUGCACGUCUCCGGGCCCGGCAGACGGGGGUCGACUGAGACGACCGAGGAUCGGUGUCCCUCCGGGCACCCCCGGCCGUCCACCCGCCCGGAGCGGCCUGGCCCAGCUCGGGCCCCGCGGCGGAUCGCGGCCCUCCCCACCCCCCUGGAGGACCCAGUCGGGGCGGGGAGGGGGCGGUCCACGCAGGAAGAGGAUGUUCACGGCCAAGUCCAACUCGGUGUCGCCUUCCCCGUCCAUGGAGCAGGCGGACGCGGACGCGCUGGACAUCAACACCAAGGUGCAGCUGUACGGCGUGCUCUGGAAGAGGCCCUUUGGCCGGCCGUCGGCCAAGUGGUCCAGGAGGUUCUUCAUCAUCAAGGAGAGCUUUCUGCUCUACUACUCCGAGAACGAAAAGAAGAGCUUUGAAAGCAAUAAAUAUUUCAAUAUCCACCCUAAGGGUGUCAUACCUCUGGGGGGCUGCCUCGUGGAGGCCAAAGAAGAGCCCAAUAUGCCAUACGCGAUGAAGAUCUCCCAUGAGGACUUUCACGGCAAUAUCAUUUUGGCAGCAGAGUCCGAGUUCGAGCAGGCGCAGUGGCUGGAGAUGCUGCAGGAAUCUGGAAAAGUGACCUGGAAGAAUGCUCAGUUAGGAGAAGCCAUGAUCAAGAGCCUGGAGACCCAGGGGCUGCAGCUGGCCAAGGAAAAGCAGGAGUAUUUGGACAAACUGAUGGAAGAGACUGAAGAGCUGUGUCUGCAGAGAGAGCAGAGAGAGGAGCUGGAGCGCCUCAACCAGGUGUUGGAGGCCGAGAAGCAGCAGUUUGAGGAAGUGGUUCAGGAGCUGAAGAUGGAGCAGGAGCAGAUCAAGAGGGAGCUGGAGCUGACCGCAAGCUGUCUCAAGGGUGUGGAGCAGGAAAAGAAGGAACUGAGAAACCUGACGGAGUCCCUGCAGCACACGCUGGAGGAGCUUUCCAUGGAAAAGAAGAGGACCCUGGAGAUGCUGGAGGAGACGGAAAGGCAGGCGGAGGCCAGGUCCAACGAGCCCGACCGGGAGCGGCAGCGGCCUCCGGACGAGGGUCUGCACAGCAGCCUCCAGCAGAUCGAGGACAGGAUGCAGAAGCUGCUGGAGGAGAAGCUGCUAGCAGAUAGGAGGAUGAAGGAGAAUGAGGAGCGGUCGCAUGCCCUGGAGGAGGAGAGGGAGUUUUACUGGAGCCAGGCCCAGGCCCUGCAGAGCUCGCUACAGGAACUGACCGCCGAGAAGCAGCAGACGGAGCGGGACCUCAAGGCUGAGGUGAAGGUCCGCAUGGAUUUGGAAAAGAGGCUGCGGGAGGCCGAGGGGGCCUUGACGAGCCUAGAACAAGGCCUCAACUCCAAAGUCCGCAACAAAGAGAAGGAGGAGAAGAUGAAGGCCGACGUGAGCCACUUGAAAAGGUUUUUCGAGGAGUGCAUCCGGAACGCCGAGCUGGAGGCCAAGAUGCCGGUGAUCAUGAAGAACUCCGUGUACAUCCACAAGGCCGCCACCCGCCGCAUCAAAAGCUGCCGCUUCCACCGCCGCAGGGCCAGCGCCUCCUGGAAUGACGUGAAGCCAUCUCAGUCGUUCAUGGCGUCCCAGCUGGAGGCCAACAACAUCGAGGAGCUGAAGGAGGUGGCGAAACGGCUGAGCCGCGACCAGCGCUUCCGGGAAUCCAUCUACCACAUCAUGGCGUCCCAGCCGGGGGCCCCCCGCCGGGCCCCCGCCCCGACCUCCCCCAGGGAGGGCGGCGACCCCUUCUCCGUGGUCCGGCCCGCCCCGGCCGACCGGUCGUAGCUCCGCGGGCGAGGGGGUCCGGCCCCUUCCUUCCCUCACCGGGCCCCGGCAUCGAUCGCUACCCCGGCCUCGUACCCACGGCCCGCGGGCCCCGUCCGGACGGCGCCUCUCCUCUCCCUCCUCUCUUGGGGACCCAGACCUCUCCCUCCGACCUCUGGCCCUUUCCCCGGUGGUUCCGGGCGGCCCCGGGCCGGAGGCGACUGAUUCCUCCGACGGGCCUGCCGGAUUCUGAAGCGGGGGCCGCCGAGGGCCCGCCGUCCUCUGGCCAGAUCCGGCCGGGCUUCCGUGGUGGUCAGACUCUGAGCUCCGGCUUGCUGCCUCCCCGCCCCCCUCCCGGGCUGGACCGGGGUCCCCGAGGGAGGGACGGACUCCACCGACUCAGGGGUCAGCAGCCGAACCCCCUCACCUGGGUGACUGAGGAGGCCCAGGUCUGGCAUUAGCCAGGGAGCAUCCCCAGGUCCUGAGACCCCUUCCUCUACCGUCCACUCCCCACCUGGCUACCAGGUGGCCUCUCCCUCCCUUAAGCAAUCAAUCCAUCCAUCAGCAGUAUUUAUUGAGCGCUUACUGUGUGCAGAGCACCGUAUUAGGUGCUUGGGGUAGUAUGGUACGACAGGACUAAGCCGCAGACACCCACCUAAUAGGCCAACUGGCUCUGGGGCGAGCACCCCUGUGCCUACUGUACCACGGACUGGCCACUGGCUGUCUUGGGCAGGGCCCGGAGGGCAAAGGGGUGGACGGGCCGAAGACGGCAAGCCCUGGCUGCGGGCCUGACGUGAAUCACGGGGCCAGUGAGCUCCACCUCGGGAGAUCAGUCGAGCCAAGCCAAGAAGCAGCACAGCCUAAUGGAUAGAAAGAGCCCGGGCCUGGGAGUCGGAAGGUCACGGGUUCUAAUUCCGGC